CUUUGUAGAGAGUUGUAAUUAGUAUCUGAAUUCACCUCUCUCCUUAGCUUUGGCCAACAAACAUUUUAGUCUUAUAGGGCUUUGUUAUUUUUUUUUCUUAAGCAAAAACUAUUUUUCAUUUAAAACAGUUUUAAGCAGAGGGAAGUGAUCAAAAAUUUUAUAACUCAAAACCAAAAGAGUUUAUCAUCAUAAACUCUGUAUGAUAACUAAUUUAAAGUGCUUUAUGCAUAUAUUACUUGAAAUAAAUGUUUGAACCUGUUUUUCCAGGAUGGAGUUGAAUGAUCUUCUCAAAUUCCUAGGAGAAUUAAGGAAGCUUUUAUUCUUUUUGUCUAUUGCUUGGUUCACAGUGGGAUCCUGUGAACAUAAUUUCUCUAUUCAGACAAACACAAAGAAGACCAAUACCCCUGCCACUCGCUGCAUUUUACCCCCAAAAGUUGUUUCCAGUUGCGACUAUCCUUUGUGCAAAUUACAACCAGAUUGGCAGGAUGAUAUGAACUAUUACUAUGAGGAAAAUUCUGGACUCCACAUUUCUUGGUCACCGCUUUCUCACACAUCCAAUCUAUUUGUAUAUACAGUAUUUUUAAAAUGGGGUCCCAAAUGUUGUAACAAGUUGGAAAAGGUUUCAUCUCCUGUCAACAGAACCCGGGACCUCAUGCAUAAAAAUUUAAAUGUGACUAUAUGGGUAAUAGCCAAUUAUUCCAAUGAAAGCUGUGUGACAACAAAGAACAUUACAAUUUUGCCUAGAAAAAUAGAAAAAUGCCCUUCACCCUUCAACGUAAACACACAACAAUUAUUCAAUAAGCUAAUAAUAACAUGGGAAUCGCCACAAAAUAUAGUACAGUAUGAAUUGCAAUACAAGGAAGCAAUGCAAAGAACUUCAUCCUGGAUACCGGUCUCCGUGGAGAUGAAAGCCUUUAAUGUUACCAUCCCUGAUGUAAACCCAACAGCAUCCUACAUGGUUCGCAUCAGAUGCAUCCCCAAGAAUAACCGCUGUACUGUUUGUCUUUGGACAGAAGAAACUAGUGUCCCAUAUAAGCUUACCAAAAAGCUUACAAUUUUGGAAAAUACAACUAAAGAGAUCUCACAAGGAAAAAGAAGUCUCUUUCUUACAUGGGAGACUUGUGAAACCAAGCAUACCAUUGGAUAUUUUAUACAUAUUAAGAGAAUACCUGGCUCCUUCCAUGGAAUAAUAUCUCUCAACAUAAAGAAAACCUCGCUGAAUCUGAAUCUCUCAAUGGCAGCUUACAAUAUUAAAAUCACUGCUUAUAAUGAACAUGGAAACUCAUCUUCAGUGACAUACAGGGUUCCAGAUUUCAUGUCAACAUAUUCAGAUUUACCUGGUCAUAUCAUUAUCUCAAAUCAGCAAAAUUACACUAUUAUAACCUGGAAUCUAAAAUAUAACCCUGAUUGCCUUGCUAUAGACUGGGGCACUGGAACAGCAGAUAUGAAAUCCAAAUGUCUGUGUCAAAAUGAGACAAGCGUAAUACUUGAUAAUCUCCAGCCUUAUCAGUUAUAUAAAGUAAUGUUGCAUACAUUGGACCGUCAAAGCAAGGACUUAAUGAAAGAUGAACGGACACUGGCUAUGGCCAACUUCUAUGCAGUGGAAGGAGUUCCCAGGAUAGGUCCAGCUAAUGUAACAAUUACUGUUGUGGACAAACAUUCAGCUAUUGUGAAAUGGACUGAGAUACCUACAAAAGAUUGUUUGGGUUUCCUUUUGGAAUAUAGAAUUUACUGCACAAAAGUCGCAAACAACAUCUCUUGGGCUGUUACUCUCAAUUCUUCAAUGAAACAACACUUGUUGACUAAUCUUAAGGCAAAUACCCAUUAUACAGUCCACAUCUCUGGCAUCACUAGAAAGGGAGAAGGAGCUCAAAGCCAGCCACAGGAUUUUACUACACUGAAAUAUGAUCAAGGAGAAUUUGAAGGAAUGGUUGUUAGUCUCUGUCUUGGCCUCAUAAUAAUCCCAGCUAUUACUAUCGCAAUUUGUUCCUUACUACUGAAACGAUCAAGAAAAUUAUGCUGGCCACCUGUUCCAAAUCCAAGAGAUAGCAGUGCUAUGCAAGUUGCAGAAAAAACCUUUCCAGUGGCUCUCCUGAGACCCAGCUUACAACCAUUGCUUCCUUCAGUACCACUGAAUGAAGCCAAUAAACUUUAUGUGAUAAAGGAUGAUUUGGAGGCAUUUCCCCAGCAAAUGUUCCUUUCAACAAGUCCAGCAACUGGGAGAGUUUCCACAGAGUAUUCUGAAGCAAUUGUAGGGCAAAAGGAAGGAACACUUCCCAAGCCUCAUAAAAGAGUUAAUGCCAGUGAGAAGGCAAAGGGAGGCCUUCACCUUGAUUAUGUUGGUAUGGAAUUCAGUCACAAAGCCAUGCAAAAGUUUCCAGAGAAUCUGCCUAUGAAAACAGUCCAUCUCUAACAGAAGUUGUUCAAAAGCUCAGGAAGUGAAGAAGAAUCGCCAGUAUCUAGCUGCGCUGGAGAUCCUCUGAAGUAAAGCUGAUGAUACUUCAGGCAAUAACCCGAUCCUUAGAAAGUAUACCCAAAUACAAGCAAAAUCGUCUUACAGUAGAUGGAAGAAAUGUCAUUAGAAUUCAUAGUGGCAUAAGUAGCAAUUGUUUGAUAGAUUCUAAUCAGACAAUCUUAUUGAAAUUAUUUAUUUCAUUACAUUGCAUAUAUCAUUGGGAAGGGUCUAAUUAUAAUUACAAAUACAGCUCAGUUUAAGCUCUGUCAUGCAAUUAUAUUAAUUUGUACCAUGGGAAUUUAAUUAUUUUUAAGCCUAAUGAUUUGAGUUUUACUUGUAGCAAUUCAGCACUAUAUUUCUAGAGGGAUGUUGUGAGCUAUUGAACCUAUAGCUUAAACGGCUUAGGCACCAUCUUGUUCCAUUCUUUGCAGAUAUUUUUUCUAAUGUACAUUAUGUCCAAUGUUUUUCACAAUUCAGUUCUAUUUAUAGCAAUGUAGCAAAAUACAUAUUUUAAAUUGUGCUACUCAAGUUGUCAAAAGUUGAACAGUUUCUUCAAUUAACAUUACAGUAGCCUGAAAUCAAAGGGCCACAUUGCUUUUGAUCCCUAAGGUUAUAUGAAGUAAACAGAUGCUACAACAGAAAUUAAUAUAUCAAACCUCUCCCGGUUCUGGAUCGCCUCUAGCCGUACAAAGAGACUUGUCUCCUCGUCGGCUAGCUUCCCUCCGCCGGUAGACCCUUAUGCGGGUCAAAGUUCACCCUGGAGGGUGCGACUUCUGUCGAGGAGGCUUUGCUUGGCUGCAGAGGA